AUGGAUCAUCUGCAGUCGUUCACGUUACCAGGUGCUCGACCUUCCAAUUCAGAAUCUAGUCCGAGAGCCGCCGCCCCGCUUGAUCGACCGUCGUUCACCUUUAUUGACCAUGAUGAUGAUUUAACCUCCAAACGAAUCAAAGAUGUCAAUGCCCGCAAGGCGAUCCGCUCGCAUGUUAUGCGCGAUGUACGUCGCCGAGAAAGGUUAGCAGGGACCAAACGGACAUCAAGGCGGGAGAACCGUGAACAGGCAACUACAAAAUCCCGACGGAAAGUUUUUGAGGGUUCCGAGGACCAACAACUGGUCCCGAGGGCUGGAUCUCAGGCCUCUGUCUCUUCAAUGGGAGAUACAGACCUGGAGAGCAUUUUCUCUGAUUCAAAACCUCGACGAGCACGUCCGCCACGGUGGCUGGCUGGCUAUCCACUGCCUUGCCAUUUGAGCCUCAACCCACGAACUCUCCCCGCAUCGUGGUUCUAUGACCCUUUCUGUUCAUCACCGGCUACCAGUGAACUUCCUUCUAUGAUUGCACAUUUAGUUUACUACUGGAAAACCGUCUUUGUUCCCAUGACCUUUCCGAGUGGUCGCAAGGGCGCGGAGAUUCCCGAGCUAGAGCUGAUGGUCCGAUCAUCCUUCUCUGACCCGGGAAGUUUCUUUGGUCUCAUGAGCAUGUGUGCUGCGCACCGAGCCGCUUUGGCUACAAAUCGACUCGAGUCCUUUGGUUCAAUUGGUGACUAUGGUCGAGUCGUAAACGAUUCUGAAUAUUGCAUCAUGAAAGCGAAAUCCAUUCACGAGAUGAACGCCAAAGUACAAGACCCCAUAUUAGCACUUAGCAACGAGGCAUUCGAUACGAUUGUUAAUCUUCUCACUGGAUCAUUAAUCGCUGGUUUGUUUGACGAAGCUCGGAUCCACCUAACUGGCCUAAGCCGCAUGGUGGAACUCCGAGGUGGAAUUACGGAUAAGAGCAUAAGCUCAUCUUCGAUGCUGUCAGCCAUUCUUACGAGCGACGUGAAAGCCGGCACGGGGCUUUUGGCGAAACCAGUAUUCCCACUAACUUGGGAUUCACAACCUGUACCUCUUGAUAUACAGCACCGAAUUCGGCCUCCUCCUUCAUCGCCCAUUCGACGACUUGGCUCUGGCUUCUGGGCCAAUACACUCCUCAGUCCGCCAUUAUUACGCAUCUUGAAUGUCGUUCGGGACAUGAUAUUUUACAGCAUCACUGUCCAGGUUGCGCCUCAGGCCAUUCGCUUCAGUGAUCAUGAUUUUUUUCGAGUUCUUAAUUGCGAAACCGAGCAUCAACUGCUCAGUUAUAUUUACACUGAAGAUUCCAGGUCCGAGAGAAUUCACCCGAUCGAGGCCGUCACCCGUGUGACUUCAAUAUGUUUUCUCAACCAUUUUCUCAUCGUUUCUCCUCCCUUUUCGGGCCUCGGUCGGGCUCUCACAAAACACCUCAUGAAGGCAGUGAAUACCAUCAGACUUAACCUUCUCCUCGAACUAUCCAGAGAGAAUUUCGGCUUGUUUGCCUGGGCUUUAUUCAUUGGAGCUCAAGGGUCACUCGGCCAACCCGAGCGACACUGGUUUGUAGAGCGGUUGGCCCGCGUCGCAAUGUUAUGUGAGUGGCAGACUUGGGAGCAGGUCUCCCAGAUCCUUACCGACUAUUUCUUUAUUGUGGCUGCCCAAGGAUCGAGAUGGCGGGCUAUUUGGGACGAAGCGAUGUCAGGGUUUGUGAUAUCCGCUGAUGGAGCGUGA